AUGCUGACUUUGUGUGCAGUGUCUGUGGUCGACAACUGCCUGCUGAAGUUCUGCAACCUGCAGGAACUUGUGCUCAGCGCCAACCGCAUCUGCGAGAUCUCUGCAGACAACCUUCCCAGAACGCUCAAGACAGGCACCAACAACAGUCAGGACCCAUGUCCCACUCCCCCCACUCCAAAGCAGAUGAAGGGCACCCUCUUGUCUAUGCAGUUUAACCCCAACAUACAGGUAUUGGAGCUGCGUGCCAACCAGCUGUGCGCUUUGGGCCGCCUCGCCAUCUCUCCGCCCCCUCGUCUGCAGUACCUUGGCCUUGCCGCCAACCACCUGGGAUCCCAUCGAGAUGUCGCCCAGCUCACGGGAAGACAAUGGCCUGAGCUGGUGUGUCUGGACCUGAGCGAGUGCGACUUCGGGGAGCAGCGCCCCCUCCUGAAGGCCCUGGGUACGCUUCCGUGUCUGCGGACCCUGGUGCUGGAGGGCAACCCGUUCACACUGGCGCCCUCGUACCCGGGCUUUGCCGUGGACGCCCUGCCCCGCCUCUGCUACCUGGACGCAGUGUGGAUCGCGCCCGAGGAGCGACACCGAUACCGGGGGAUGGCCAGGAUGAGCCAGGCGCGUCAACCAGGUCAGACCCACAACAUCCAAAGGAGCUCCGGCCAAAUGUUAUCCAACCCCAUGGCCUUGCCACCAAGGAGCUUUUUAACCACUUUGGUGACCUCCACCAGAGAGGAGAAUCCUGCCUCAGCCUUCCUCAUGGGACGGCGUGUUGACCUGCUGGUGGACUGGGCUUCAGCCACAGUGUGUGUAGGCCAGAUGCAGGGCAUUCCGGACCCGCUGCUGGACGAGGACCCCGAUGCUCCAGAAUUCCCAGUGGUCAGCUACAGCUACGUGAUCUCAUAUAUGUUCUAUAGUCACCAGACAACCGCCUAUCAGGAAGUUGUAGGUGGUGGUGUAGCAAAGAGUCAGGACCAGGGCCAGGACCAAAGUAGUGAACAAACUCAAACAUCUAACAAGAAGAAUGAAAAAGAGACUGUGGUGUCCAAUGUGGCAGAAGGAACCAAGGAACACUCCUCCUCCACUGAGUCGAGAUACAGGACUUCGGCGCAGUCGUGGGCUGAUUGCGUCGACUUUGACGAAGCGCUGAAAUUCGUCGUGCGAGACCUGAGCGGCUUCAAGAAAUUCCUCCACCAAGGAUUUCAAGUUUUUAUCGAGCAGGAAAAGAUCCUGUCGUGGCCAGCGGAAGCCUCAGACGAAGGCGCCGGUGAAGGCGCCAUGGACAAGAAAGGCAAACAAGCCAAGGUGAAAGACAAGCGAAAGAAAGCUGUGGUGGAGCUGGUUGCGGAUCCACCCGUUGCCACAGUGCUGGCAUCCUCUCACGUGUCCCUCCAGGGCCUCCUUUAUGGACAUCAAAAAGUGGAAGCCCUUUGCGAUUUUGGCUGCCUGCACAAAGAUCCUCCCAUUGAAGACGCUCCAGUCACGGCGGACGAGGAAAACAGAGCCAAGGAUGAGUCCAAGAAGAAGGGAGGAGGUGCAGGGGGAGGGCGUGCAGGAAACAAGAAACCAGCAAACACUAAAGGUAUCCGCCGAGGAAGGGGCAGUGAGGAGCGCGACGCCGCCACACCCAACCAAGCCGAGACGGCCACAGUGGAGCUGAGCGUGGAGCUCAAAAAGUGGCGCCACGCCUCUGAGGUGGCUCCACUCGCACCCGCUAACUCCUGA